AUGUUGAAACGCCAGAGAGCGCCGUCGCCCCUCCCCGACUUUCCACAGGUAUCCCAUGAGGUGGCCCUCGAUGUUCACGAGCGCGUCGUGAAGCGAAGAAGGCACUUGGCGCCCCCGAGCAACGGCCCUCGGGGAAGUGCUAUCAAUGGCGGCGAAGAAGAGGAGGACGAUGAGGAUGAUCAGACGUGGUUGCUAGACGAGGGACGCCCGGAGUACUCGCGGGGAAUAUCAAGAUGGCAGGAGGAGGCGGGGCUCUAUAAGGCUGCCAACACCCUACUCCACGAUCUACAUGCAGAACAGAGACAUCGCAUGACAUUCUCGUCGUCGUCUUCUUCUACAACACCACUAGCAGCGCAUGAGGCACACUCGCCAUUGGACAACGGAGCACAUAUGUCUUGGCUGUCGUAUCCCACCAAAGAUCCCUGUUCGCCGAUUCACGGGGCACCUUCUCAAAUUCAUCAAGAACAUCCCAAGCAUGUAUUCUUUGACGAUGCCAUACCACCAGCGGAGGCGGAAGGUCAGAGCGUGACACAACGCUAUGAAGACACGAACAGAUAUCUCGGGUCCCUGUUUCUCAGCCGCAGACGGCUAUUGGAUACACAUGAGGACCAUGAGCAUUCGCCUUGA